AUUAAAAAAGGUCGCGCCUCUUAUUGUUCGUGGGGGUAGGGUUUAGGGUUUUUCAUUUCUUGUGACUUAAACUGAAAAUCCCAACUUGCUUCCCAUUUUCGUUCAGUCGCCUGGACAUUGCUCUUGGACUUUCGUUCGUCAACUGUUGAAUUUUUUCCGCUUCUGAGUUGAUUAUUUGAGACUAAUUAAUGGAAACUGAUUCAAAGAUGCAAGACGCGGCCACAAAUGCUUCUGAAAAUGCGACUUCUACCGCGUCGUCUUCUAGCGGAAAGGGCAAGGAAAGUGAGGAGAUGAUGCAGUCAAUGGAGAAGUUGCAGAUUGAUGAAUCGUCCUCGUCGUCAGACUUCAAGCGAAAACCUGUUGUUAUCAUUGUUGUUGGAAUGGCAGGAAGUGGAAAGACGACAUUUAUGCGUCAGCUGGUUUACCAUACACACGCUUCACAGCUUCGCAGUUAUGUGAUUAAUCUCGAUCCAGCUGUUGCGACCCUUCCUUUUGGUGCAAAUAUUGAUAUAAGGGACACUGUCAAGUAUAAGGAAGUUAUGAAGCAGUUCAACUUAGGUCCCAAUGGAGGAAUUUUAACAUCACUGAAUUUGUUUGCUACAAAGUUUGACGAGGUUAUUUCAGUUGUUGAGAGUAGAGCUGACCAGCUUGAUUACGUGCUGGUGGACACACCUGGGCAGAUUGAGAUAUUUACUUGGUCUGCAUCUGGGGCCAUAAUUACAGAAGCCUUUGCAUCUACUUUCCCUACUGUGAUAGCUUACGUAGUCGAUACCCCUCGUUCUUCAAACCCAAAUACGUUCAUGAGUAAUAUGCUAUACGCUUGUAGCAUUCUUUACAAGACACGGCUGCCUCUCAUAUUGGCAUUUAACAAGACAGAUAUAGCUCAACACCAGUUUGCUUUGGAGUGGAUGGAAGAUUUUGAGGCAUUUCAUGCAGCCCUUGAGAAUGAUGAGUCCUACACUUCGACCUUGAGUCGUAGUCUAUCUCUUGUCCUUGAUGAAUUCUAUAAAAACCUAAAAUCAACUGGAGUUUCUGCUCUUUCUGGCACUGGGAUGAACGAGUUCCUGAAGGCUGUCGACGGUAGUGCCGAAGAAUUCAUGGAGACUUACAAGGCUGACCUCGAUAAAAGACGGGCAGAGAAGCAACGAUUGGAGGAAGAUCGGCGCCGAGGAAACAUGGAAAAGCUUAGGAAGGAUAUGCAGAAGUCUAAAGGUGAAACAGUGGUUUUGAGCACUGGUUUGAAGGACAAAGCGGCUGGCAGCAAAAGCAUGUUGGCAGGGGAGGACAUCGAGGAAGAAGAUGAAGAUGAAGAUGAAUAUGAGAGGUCUAGUGAGGAGGAAGAAGAUAUGAUAGAUGAUGAUGAUGAUGAUGAUGAAGAUGAAGAGGUUACUGGCAAUACUGGGUUUCCUUUCUGAUUUUACUACAACCAGUCAGAAAUCUCGUUUUGCAAAGGUUUUGGGAUCAGAUUGAAGCGAGGAACAGAUGGUAACAUUUUGUUCUUGUCGUGCUUAAAUGCUUUGCAUAAUGCUUAUACUUCUAUACAUUGUCUAAUUUGCUGGGUAUCUAUUGAUAUAGCUCACUAUGAGCCUGUAUAUAUGGACUUUCUGACGCUGCUGGAUGGUUAAAAGCCUCAUUUUGCUUAUUUCAUCAUCUUUGUUGUAACUCAAUGGUUAGUACUUAGUAGUGAAUGGUUUAUUUUGGAACUUCAAUUUGUUCCAUACAUCUUA